AUGUUAACAGAAAUCCUAUUGAUAAUCCUUAGUGCAAUUUUAUCGUGCUGGUUUUAUUUAAACGAGUGCAAAAGACCUAAAAAAUAUCCUCCAGGUCCAUCAUGGAUCCCGUUUAUAGGCAAUGGGCCAGAAUUGCGACAAUUGGCCAAACAAUGUGGCGGGCAACAUUUGGCCUUUUCGGCUUUGGCCAGCAAAUUCGAUACUGAAGUUGUCGGUUUGAAGUUGGGCAAAGAAAAUGUUAUUUGUGUGUGUUCUUAUGAUACCGUAAAGCAAGUACUGACUUCGCAACAGUACCAGGGGAGACCCGAUAAUUUUUUUAUGAGGCUGCGGUCUUUUGGAUUGAGAAAAGGUAUUACAGGUGUCGAUGGUGAACUAUGGAAAGAGCAAAGAGCUUUUUUAGUCUCCCACCUUAGAGCAUUGGGUUUUGGCAGAAGCGCAAUGGAAGAAAUGAUCAAAGAAGAAAUAAAAGACAUUCUGAAUCUUAUUGAAAACAGCAAAGAGGGUAUUGACUUGUCAGCCACAGUAUCGCCUUCUGUUGUAAAUAUUUUAUGGAAAUUAACCAGCGGCAAAAGCAUCAAAAACAAUAAUGACAUCACAAAACUGCUGGAUUUAUUGAAACAAAGAUCUAAAGCUUUUGACAUGUCAGGUGGCUUUCUGAACCAUUAUCCUUGGCUCAGACAUUUGGCUCCUCAAAAAACCGGAUACAGCCUUUUGCAAACUAUUAAUAAUCAAAUUAGACAAUUCAUAAUGGAAGCUGUUAAUGAACACAAAAGCCAAUGGACUGAAGGCAGAUCUGACGAUUUUAUUUAUAGUUUUUUAGGAGAAAUGAAAAAGCAAAAUUAUUAUGAUAAUAGUAAUUUUACAGAUGACCAAUUAAUAAUAGUAUGCCUGGACAUCUUGAUAGCAGGCUCCACUACAACCAAUCACACAAUAGACUUUGCAUUCCUGGCAAUGAUCCUGUAUCCAGAAAUCCAGGCAAAAGUACAUAAAUGCUUAGACACUGAAUUCAAAAAAGAUGAAGAUAUCAAUUACAAUGACAAACAAAGAGUUCCUUAUAUUGAAGCUGUAUUAUUGGAGUGUCAAAGGAUGUUUGCAGUUGUGCCUAUGGUAGGGCCAAGGAGGGUUUUAAGUGAGACAAGUUUGAGCGAAUUUAUUAUACCUAAAGAUACUACAGUGUUGAUUAAUUUACAUUCCGUCCACCAUGAUAAGGAUUAUUGGAAGGAUCCAGAAAUUUUUAAGCCGGAAAGAUUUUUAGAUGCUGAUACACAAUUGAUUUGUUCAGAUAGGAUAUUGACUUUUGGUUUAGGUAAAAGAAGAUGUUUAGGAGAUGCUUUAGCUAAAUCGUGUAUAUUUUUAUUUUUUGUUGAAAUAUUGCGAAGAUACCGAAUAGAAAGUUCAGAAAAAUUGACUGGGAAACAAGUGCCCGGCAUUACAAUGUCGCCAGAGAAAUAUAAAGCUAAAUUUGUUGCUAGAUUUUAA